AUCAAUAGUUACGUGACUUAGUCAUGGAUGGUUGACACCAUGACAUAUUCUUUAACCCUAGCAGUUACCACCAACUGGAGUUACGUAGUCACCACAAAAAACUCGGAGCAAAUAGUCCUGUACUCAAUACGGCGUUGGAUUUUUAUCAUUUUACCGUUAUUUAUAUAUGUAUUGGGAAUUCCUGGUAACAUUUUGGGUGUGAUAGUGUUUCGAACUCAAGCCAUGAGGGAAAACUUUCUGUCCAAGUUUUUUGUCUGUGUCUGCACGAACAAUAUUUUCUGUCUCAUCUGGGGUCUGUCCCGCCAUUCAGUGGAAGGCUUUGCUAACUGGAACUACAGACUGUACUCCAUGCAAGUCUGUUUCAUUCAUUCUUACCUACUGUUAGUACAAAUGAGUUUCGGCAACUGGCUACUGGUUGUCAUUAGUGGCUACCGGGCGUUUUUUAUUGCUAACCCCGACAGAUAUGCCUCUAGUCCUGAUAACUCUAUCUUCUACUGCGAUGCCAAAACCCUCAAUUUGUUUCUAUAUUUUUCUAUACAUGAGUUUAUUCUGAUUAUGUCCACAGCUCAUUCUGAUUACGUCCACAGUUCAUAA